CCGCUGCCCGCCGCCGCUCCCGCUCGCGCCGGCGCUGCACGGGAGUCUGCCCGCCGCCUGCUCUGUGCUUCCCCCGAAGAUGGGAGCGACCUCUUCCUGAUCGGGUCUAUUUAAAAGGAGGAAGUGCAGUGUAUUUCCUACUAGCGCGGAGGAACGGGGGGAAGAAUCCAUUCACACUCCCCACGCCAGUAGGUUGUGACAGUUGGAAGUCGCAUUACAGCAUGCUGCGGUUAAGUCUCCCACCCACCUUUUCAAUGGGAUUUCACCUGUUAGUCGUCACGGCUCUCUUGUUUUCCCCUGUGGACCAUGUCAGUGCUGAGGCAGAAAUGGAAGAAGGAAAUGGAACCGGUGAAUGUACUGGCUCCUAUUACUGUAAGAAAGGGGUGAUUUUACCCAUUUGGGAGCCCCAAGACCCUUCUUUUGGGGACAAAAUUGCCAGAGCGACUGUGUAUUUUGUGGCUAUGGUCUACAUGUUUCUUGGAGUCUCUAUCAUAGCCGAUCGGUUCAUGUCCUCUAUAGAAGUCAUCACAUCUCAAGAAAAAGAAAUAACCAUCAAGAAACCCAAUGGAGAGACCACCAAGACAACUGUGAGGAUCUGGAAUGAGACGGUGUCUAACUUGACCUUGAUGGCUCUGGGCUCUUCUGCUCCUGAGAUUCUCCUGUCAGUAAUUGAAGUGUGUGGCCAUAACUUCACUGCAGGAGAUCUGGGUCCCAGCACCAUCGUGGGCAGUGCCGCCUUCAACAUGUUCAUCAUCAUUGCGCUGUGUGUUUACGUGGUUCCUGAUGGAGAGACCAGGAAGAUUAAGCAUUUGCGCGUGUUCUUUGUGACGGCAGCCUGGAGCAUCUUUGCCUACACCUGGCUCUACAUUAUUUUGUCUGUGAUCUCUCCUGGUGUUGUGGAGGUCUGGGAAGGUUUGCUUACUUUCUUCUUCUUUCCCAUCUGUGUUGUGUUUGCUUGGGUAGCAGACAGGAGGCUUCUCUUUUACAAGUAUGUCUACAAGAGGUAUCGGGCUGGCAAGCAAAGGGGAAUGAUUAUUGAACAUGAAGGAGACAGGCCAUCUUCCAAGACUGAGAUUGAAAUGGAUGGCAAAGUGGUCAACUCCCAUGUUGAAAAUUUCUUGGAUGGCGCUCUGGUUCUGGAAGUGGAUGAGAGGGACCAAGAUGAUGAAGAGGCUAGGCGAGAAAUGGCUAGGAUUCUGAAAGAACUUAAGCAGAAGCAUCCAGACAAAGAAAUCGAGCAAUUAAUAGAGUUAGCAAACUACCAAGUCCUAAGUCAGCAGCAAAAAAGCAGAGCAUUUUACCGAAUUCAAGCUACUCGCCUGAUGACUGGAGCUGGCAACAUUUUAAAGAGACAUGCAGCUGACCAAGCCAGGAAAGCUGUUAGCAUGCAUGAGGUCAACACGGAAGUGGCUGAAAAUGACCCUGUCAGUAAGAUCUUCUUUGAACAAGGGACAUAUCAGUGUCUGGAGAACUGUGGCACUGUGGCCCUAACCAUUCUCCGCAGAGGUGGCGAUUUGACCAACACUGUGUUUGUUGACUUUAGAACAGAGGAUGGCACCGCCAAUGCUGGGUCUGACUAUGAAUUUACUGAAGGGACUGUGGUCUUUAAGCCUGGUGAGACUCAGAAAGAAAUCAGAGUGGGCAUUAUAGAUGAUGACAUCUUUGAAGAGGAUGAAAAUUUCCUUGUGCAUCUCAGCAAUGUCAAAGUGUCUUCUGAAGCUUCAGAAGAUGGCAUCCUGGAAGCCAAUCACGUUUCUACCCUUGCUUGCCUGGGAUCUCCCUCCACUGCCACUGUAACUAUUUUUGAUGAUGACCACGCAGGCAUCUUUACUUUUGAGGAACCUGUGACUCAUGUGAGUGAGAGCAUUGGCAUCAUGGAGGUGAAAGUGUUGAGAACAUCUGGAGCUCGAGGAAAUGUUAUCGUUCCCUAUAAAACCAUUGAAGGGACUGCCAGAGGUGGAGGGGAGGACUUCGAGGACACUUGUGGACAGCUUGAAUUCCAGAACGAUGAAAUUGUCAAAACAAUAUCUGUCAAGGUAAUUGAUGAUGAGGAGUAUGAGAAAAACAAGACCUUCUUCCUUGAGAUUGGAGAGCCCCGCCUGGUGGAGAUGAGUGAGAAGAAAGCCCUGUUAUUGAAUGAGCUUGGUGGCUUCACAAUAACAGGCCAACCUGUCUUCAGGAAAGUUCACGCUAGAGAACAUCCGAUUCCCUCUACUAUAAUCACCUUUUCAGAGGAGUAUGAUGACAAGCAGCCCCUGACCAGCAAAGAGGAAGAGGAGAGACGCAUUGCAGAAAUGGGGCGCCCCGUCCUGGGAGAGCACACCAAGCUGGAAGUGAUCAUUGAGGAAUCCUAUGAAUUCAAGAAUACUGUGGACAAACUCAUUAAGAAGACAAACCUGGCCCUCGUGGUUGGGACAAACAGCUGGAGGGAACAGUUCAUCGAAGCUAUCACCGUCAGUGCGGGGGAAGAUGACGAUGAUGAUGAAUGUGGGGAGGAAAAGCUGCCCUCCUGUUUCGAUUACGUGAUGCACUUUCUGACGGUGUUCUGGAAGGUUCUCUUCGCCUUCGUGCCCCCUACAGAGUACUGGAACGGCUGGGCGUGUUUCAUCGUCUCCAUCCUCAUGAUCGGCGUCCUGACAGCUUUCAUCGGAGACCUGGCUUCGCACUUUGGCUGCACCAUUGGCCUGAAAGAUUCUGUGACCGCAGUCGUGUUCGUCGCACUGGGAACGUCAGUGCCAGACACAUUUGCCAGCAAAGUGGCGGCCACCCAGGACCAGUAUGCAGAUGCGUCCAUAGGUAACGUCACGGGCAGCAACGCGGUGAAUGUCUUUCUGGGAAUCGGCGUGGCCUGGUCCAUUGCUGCCAUCUACCACGCAGCCAACGGGGAACAGUUCAAAGUGUCCCCUGGCACGCUAGCUUUCUCUGUCACUCUCUUCACUAUUUUUGCUUUCAUCAAUGUGGGGGUGCUGCUGUAUCGGCGGAGGCCAGAAAUUGGAGGUGAGCUGGGUGGGCCCCGGACUGCCAAGCUCCUCACAUCCUCCCUCUUUGUGCUCCUGUGGCUCUUGUACAUUUUCUUCUCCUCCCUGGAGGCCUACUGCCACAUAAAAGGCUUCUAAAGGAACAACCAGAUAUAGUAAAUUUAUAUAUAUAUAUACAUAUAUAUACAUAAAAAAUUAUGUAUAACGAACAGAGGAAACUGACAUUUGUCAUGUUCACCUACCUGCUGAUGGAAUCCAGCUUCAAGAGCAUACUCUGUACUAGGGCUGAAGUAAGAAACCAUCACCUCCCACCCCCAGGGGCAUCGUCCUACAGCGCGGAGGCAGGGUCCUCCUUACAAAGGCCUGGGAGGGGCACACUCUCUCCAGGUUCACAAAUUGUGAAGGCUUUGAUUUAUUUUCUUGUUUUCGAUUUUGUUUCCAUGGGAUUGGGGAGGUGGUUGAUCUUUGGCUUUUGUUGAUAGUUUUGUUUUAUUUUGUUCUGUUGUUUUGUUUUGUUUUGUUGGGAGGGUCAAGGCUGUUGCUUCUCUUUGUGGGAAGUGAUGAACCAUCCAAAUGUAAAUGGUUUUUUGAUAAAAAAUUUAACUUGUUAAGAUUCCCCUCACCUCCUUCAAACACUUUAAAGCAUUAUUUUGGAUUAAGAAAGGAUCUGGGCAUGGAAGAAGAAAGAAGCAUGUCUUCACCAUAUUACCAAAUUUCGUGCUUAUCUCCGGAAUGUGAGCAGAAGUGAAACUGCCUCCAAGAAGAAACAUAGGACCUAGAAUAGAGCCGGGAAAUGUGAUGGCUCUAGAUACAGUUUGACAUUUAAGGGUAUAUGCCUGGCACUCUUGUUCAACAGGUAUAGGGAUAAUGAGCCUAGAUUCCCAGGAACAUGCAAAAUCCUUUAUUUCUUAUCUCUUUAGCUCUGGACUCUGAUUAGCAAGGCCCUUAUUCCAGCAUUCCAGACCAGCUAAGCCCCUAAGUGUCCCAUUCCCAUCCUCUUCCUCCUGGCCACCUGCCAUCCCCCAUGAAAACAGGAAGAAUCAUCCCAUUCAAAAAAAAACAACCAUCCUUCUCCAUUUGCAUUAAUAUGUGUCCCAGUCCCAUGUUGCUGUCGCCUGGGAUUGCCCAUCGGUUUUCUUUUCAAAGGCAUCCAUGGCUUGCACAAUCCCGUCCCAGCCAUAACCGAACCUUGGCUCCUUCUUCAUGUGCCUGUUUGGAAAUGUUGUUGUGAUACCUGUUACACAGUGCAUGGAUGAAAAACAAAUAAAACAAAGCAUAUCUGUACAUAGUAGAGUAGAGCAUAUACUGUUCUCCCAUUCAGCGAUGUUGAUUGGACAUUGAAGACAUAAGCGAGUUUUCUUUUCACCUGAGUUGUUACUUUUGUGUUGUUAUUGACUUUGAUUAUUACUAGGGACAAAGGAGGGAAAAAAUGGCUUAUUGUGUAUGAAUCCACACAUGCAUUUCUAAGUAGCAAUAACUGUCAGGUGGGGAGAAAUUAAAGUUAUUGAGAGGAUAACAGGCAAACUGUACAAAGAUCUUCAUGGAAAAUUAGCCAUGUAGAGCACAUCAGAGGCCUCUAAGAAUCACCCAUUAGUUUGGGAAAGUCACAGGGAAAGGCCUUGUAGAAAAGUGGCUGCAUUAGAUGUGCCUGGGCUUUCAGAGCCACCCUUUCCUGGACACCCUUCCCUCCGAAGUAUUUAUUUCACAUCUGCUCUGUCUGGCACAGAUUGUAGAUAGUGAUGGUUUGUUCUUUUUUUUUUUUUUUAAUAUAUAAAAGGCUAUUUCCAUCCCUGUUUAUUUCACUGUCCAGUCUAGACCCCUCUGAUUAUAUUGGUAGUUCCUGACUCAGAAAGAAGCCAGGGUAACCAGUGGGCCUUUGGAAGUGUGUAUUUUCUACUUGUGAUGGAAGAGACGGCAAGUAGAUGUUCUUAGUGCCUCUCAGGAGGAUUGCACUGGGAAGGUUUAGCUCUUUAAAAGGAAUGGCUCUUUCUAUUGCAGAAUACCAAAGAAUAUGGAAAAACCCAACAUUCCAAAGUAGUGAGUCCACUAAUGAGAAAAAAUAGAAUGACUUGGGUCACCUCCCAGAGAUGUCUCUAUUUAUAAGGAAUCUCAGGCUGGAGACAUCCCUGGCACUGUAGAUUGAUUCAAAGAUACUUGAGAAAUUGAAGCUGUUGAGGUUUAUUUUUCCUUCUUCCACUCAGUAAUCACAAUCAUCCAACAUUUAGUAAACAUCAUUUGAUAACAGAAUGAAUAAUUAAAUGCUGUUUACCCACUCAAUAUGCCAGGUGAUAUGAUAUUUCCAGGGACUAAAAUCAUGAACAAGACAGCCCAGAUCACUGCCCUUCAGGGGAUGACAGUUCAUGUGAUUGCCAUUUUUACGAGUAAACAUUAAGCCAUAUGGAAACAGUUUUAUCUUACAAGGAAAAACACACUUACAAAACCUUUUUAACAUAAACACACUGAAAGUAUACAAAUACAAUUGUCCAUAUAUCAUCAAGAUUUCUUAACUAAGAAAGUAUAAAGCAUAGGUUUGUAAAAGCACCCUCUCUACCACUGGCCAACUUGCAGGUAAGUACAUUUCCCACUUUUAAACCAAGAAAGGCAAUCAUGUUGGUGAUGGGGAUACUUAUCACAUAACAACUCCUGCGUCCAGUUAAUCACAGUUUUUAUAGUUGUUGGCCAAGUGCUUCUCUAUGACCCACACCUUUAUGACUCCUUAUCUGUCUUAGAGAUCUAUCACUAACCUGUCACGGCCCACCAACAUUGGUGACCUUAUUUUUUUUUAACCCAGGCAUUUUUUUUGGGGGGGGGAGAGAUUUACUAAGUGGAAAGCUAGCCUAGAAACACCAAGUAAACACCAAGGGAUAUAAGUUGUUGAAACAUUAGAAAGAUUUUGCACUCAUUUUUUAGCCAUAUUAGGAAUGUCAAUAAUACCGUAGCAAAUUUUCACAGAGGACUUUAAGAAAUUCUUUCUGUCGGUCAAUUUCAACUUCAAAGCUUUUUAAAUUUUCAUGCUGUAGAAGAAUAUGAUUCUGGAUGUUCAGGGUUGUUAUUAAUUAUGAUAGUUCUGUAAAAUUAUUUCAUUGAUUUGUUUGACUAUUUUAUUUUGUGUGUGUUGUGCACAGCUUUAGGGGGGAAAGUGCACUCAUUGUGCUGUUCCUUAUAAAUGGUACACAUCAUUGACACAGACAAAUAAAGUUUCUAAUUGUUUCUGAUU